CGCCAACGCCCCGAGGGCCCCCAAAUCGCGAACCGGCGCCAGACGCGCCUUCCUCGCAAACACCGCGCACACCUCCAUACUUGCCAAACCAAACUACUUUACUUUUACAGCCACCUGUGAAUGCUGCUACCUCGCGGCAGCCAGCGCCACCACCACCACGCCCCACUUCCUCCGCUCUCGCGCACCGCUUCGGGCGACGCCGAGCACACCCAGCAGCGAUCACCCGCGAAGCAGUCGCCAAAGGUCGCAGCCGCCGCUUCAGCAGUGCGCGGCAGCACACCCGCUCCCGCACUGCCACUGGACGCGAUCGCGCGUGCCACACACCCGCGCCGGCGCGUGGACCUCCCGAGCGCGGACAGCUUUCCCGCGCCCGAGCAGCAGGCCCCUACUACUGGUGCUACAGCUGCUACAGCCGAGCCUUCAGACGUCAGUGACGCUGACCCAUCCAGCGGCAGUAGCAGCAGUGACGCAGCAGCGCCAGGAGACCCCCACAGCCCCAGUCGGCCACAGCAGUCCGUCAACCCGGUCACCAUACAUCAGGGCCUGAUGGCGCUGGAGCACGUGCGACAGCCAGUCUUCGGUAGCCUCUACCGGAAACCCCAACACCACGACGAUAAUGACAUGCUGGGAGGCGGCGGCGCUGGCGGCGCUGGCACGCCCCUCCAUGCUACUGCCGGUGGCGGCGGCGGUGGCUACAGCCACCACGGCCGCAGCGGCGACUACAGCCCCCAAAACCCUCACCAGCAACAGUACGACACCACACCAGUAGGUGCUACAGCCACCGCCGGCACGCACGGCAGUAGCACCGCCUACGGUGGCGGCGUCGCCGGCUUUCGUCGCCUGGCGGCGCGCUACCCGCGCCUGCACACGGGAGCGCUGCAGUGGGUCUGGUCGGCUGUGGUCUGGUACUUCUGGACUGCAGUGUGGCUGCUCAGCAUGCCGUGGAGGGUCACUCGCUGGCUGGCUCCGCACUUCCUCCAGCCGCCGCUGCAGUGGGCGGAGGACACCGCGCUGUGGCUGGCAGCGCCGCCCACACGGCUGGCGGGGGACGCCGUGCACGGGGCGCUGGCGCUGGCUGACCGAGCGAUCGCGGGCGGCAGCCGCGCCGUGUCCUCCCUCCACACCUCCAACGUGCACCACUGGCUCACCGCCUACGAGGCGUACCUGUGGCUGCUCAUGCACCGCGCCCACGAAAUGGAGCGGCACGGCUGGGAGGGACUACUGCGCCGCAGCCUGGCCCGCCGCAGCGUGUAGCGCGCUGGCGUGGCGCUGUGGGGCGGGCUGCUUCAUUUGGGGCUGUAUGUGGGGCUGUGCGUGUGGGGGCAGUGGGCAUGCAUGCAGUGCGUUCCUGACCGCACUCUGAUGCACUGGGCGGUCAGGCUGCCAGGCUGCCAGGCUGUAUGUCGGGCUGUGGGGGACGUGCACCAGCUGUAUGUGGGGCUCAUGCGGGUAGGGAACGUCGUGUGUACAGAGGCGCAUGCACGUUGGCGUGGAGUAUGGCGGUGCGUAGGUAGGUGGCGGGUUGGUAGGUGUCCGUAGGUGUACCGGCGGCUCCGUUCAUUGAGGCCUGGGUGUGGCACUAGCAAUGUUGUUUGUGCUGGUGUGGACUGCUGCAUACCUUACUUCAUUAAUUGCGA